AAUAUCUAUAUCUUUCUCUUUUUGGACAUAAAGAGGAAGCAAACAAAGAGAUCUAAAAUGGUCGGCUCCAACAUAUAUAUAUGUUUAUGAGUAUGAUGAGAAAGGCACAUGUAAUGAAGUGACGAUGAUGAUAAUGGGAAGAAGGUGUGAAGACUGUGGGAAUCAAGCCAAGAAAGAGUGUGUGUAUAUGCGAUGCAGAACUUGCUGCAAAACCAAAGCCUUUCAUUGCCAAACUCACAUCAAGAGCACUUGGGUUCCGGCCUAUAGAAGAUCCCACAAACACCUACCGCAAACGCAAACACAAACGCAACCGCUCUCUACUACCAACCCUAAACGUCUCAGAGAACCACACCCAUCUUCUUCCCCUUCAUCAUCUGGUGUCAGAAUCGACACUGCUGCACAUUUUCCGGCGGAGUUGAGUUCUGUUGCGGAUUUCCGAUGCGUAAAAGUGAGUUCAAUCGACGACGGAAAAGAACAAUACGCUUAUCAGACGACGGUGCACAUCGGAGGACACAUUUUCAGAGGGAUUCUUCACGAUCAAGGCCUAGAAAAAGUGAACGUAGAUCAUCAAUCUGCUCAUCGUCGUCAUAAUAACCAUCAAGAUCAAGAGCUACUUCCUCCUUCAUGUCCCUUGAUGAUAACUAGCCCUUUUACCGACUUCAUGUCCGGUACCCAAUUUUCUUCUCACCAAAAGUCU